AUGGUUUGUUUGCAUUGUCCUGUGACUGUUUAUGGCAGGGAUUUCAUCAUUGAAAUAGUGUGCUUACUGUUAAGUCAAAUCGAUAUUAUCUUAGGUAUGAAUUGGUUGAUAUUCAACCACGUCUAUAUUAACUGUUAUAAUAAGUCCGUGCUUUUUCCAGAGUUUGGUGUAGAGGAAGAUUUUAUGUUUAUUUCUGCUAGUCAAGUGGAAAAGUUCUUAAAAGGUGAAGAGAAGGUGUUUGCUAUGUUUUCUUCCUUGAAACUCGAGACAGAAGAAGUGAUCGGUAAUCUGCAGGUAGUCUGUGAUUUUCCAGAUGUAUUUCCUAAUGACAUCAGUGAUCUACCUCCAGAAAGAGAAGUUGAAUUCACCAUAGAUUUAGUACCUAGUACUAGACCUGUGUCGAUGGCUCCUUACAGAAUGUCUCCAUCAUAUUUAAGUGAACUGAAGAAGCAAUUAAAAGAAUUGCUUGAGAAGAGAUUUAUCAGACCAAGUGUGUCACCUUGGGGAGCGCCAGUGUUGCUUGUAAAGAAAAAAGGAUGGGAGUAUGCGGUUGUGUGUUGA